AUGGCAUCGUAUCAUACGCCCCCAAAUGAAAAGGCUGAGUUCGUCGAGGCCGAGAGGGCGCCUAAUGGUAGAAGUCAGGUCGAUCGCAUUGAUGCCAUGGCUACAGCACCUGGAACCACGCUCGACUCGUUCUCUCACCUCGACGAGAAGAAGAUCCUACGCAAGAUGGACAUGCGAUUGAUCCCCAUGCUGGCGCUCCUCUACUUGCUCUCAUUCCUCGACCGAGGUAACAUCGGCAAUGCAAAGAUUGAAGGUCUUCAGGAGGAUCUCAACAUGAGCCCUGAUCAGUACAACUGGUGUCUUACCGUCUUCUUCUUCACGUACGCCGCCUUCGAAGUCCCCUCGAAUCUGCUCCUCAAGAAACUCCGUCCAAGCGUCUGGCUUCCUACAAUCAUGGUCGCGUGGGGUAUUGUCAUGACACUUAUGGGCAUUGUUCAAAACUACCAUGGUCUGCUUAUUGCACGUAUCUUUCUCGGGGUCACCGAGGCCGGUCUUUUCCCCGGUGUAGCCUACUACCUCACAAUGUGGUACUGCCGACACGAGAUCCAAUUCCGCCAGGCUCUUUUCUUCUCCGCCGCUUCCAUCGCCGGUGCAUUCAGCGGUCUUCUCGCUUUCGGCAUCGCCAAGAUGGACGGUAUUGGUGGCCUUGAAGGCUGGCGCUGGAUCUUCAUCCUCGAGGGAAUCGUUACCGUGGUUGUUGCAAUCUUUGCCUUCUGGGCUCUCUACGAUUUCCCCGAAACCGCAAGCUUCUUGACCGAGGAGGAACGUGCCUUUGUGGUCUUCCGACUUAAGUACCAAGGCCAGCAGCAGACCGCAGGUCAUAGUCAAGCGCGCGUUGCGCAAAGUGAUGAGUUUAAGUGGCAGUAUGUCUGGGAUGCGUUCAAGGAUUGGCAGAUCUGGGUCAACAUAUUCGUCUACUGGGGUGCUAUGGCAUCCAACUUUUACCGACAAAAGGAUGGACCUCGAUACAUCUUAGGCCAUGCGUUGGAGCUGGGCUUUAUUGGUGGAGGUAUAAUUGCUGCUCUCAUCUUAAUCUUCAGCUACAGCCGUAUCAACAAGAGUCGUGACCGCAGGAUGGCGGCUGGUGAGCAUGAGGCUGUCUCUGAGGAGGAGCUUUCUGCCAAGGGAGAUAAGGCUGUUACAUGGCGAUAUAUGUACUAG